UGGGCAGAGGCAGGCCGAGGGGUGGGUCCUCCGGCAGCAGAAAGGAAAAGCCCACCUUCUCUCAUUGUUAAGGACGCGGUGGAAUGUGAUGGUUUGAUUUCCAAAAGACCAGGGAGGGGAACAUCCGAGAGGGGAGGAAAAAAAAAAAAAGACCAACGAAAGAAAAGUGAGUGAAAACGGGAAAUCGAACAGGCUCCCCCCUCUCCUCCCCCCCGUCGCUGUCAGAAAAUGUGGACCAACUUGUGCCGCGCGCCGUGAACCGGACCGCCCGCGUGAGCCUCGACCCGACUGAAGUUGUGGAUUUAAGCGUUCUCCGAGCCGGCGGUGUCUCUCUGAGGAUGGAGAAUCUGUGGAGAGGAACCUGACCUGCUGUGGAAUACCAGAUGCAGCUUAAGAAAAAUGACAGACCUGUCUGCUAAACACCACUCUGAGGAAACUUUGAAGUCUUAAGGAGACACACAACAAGACCAACGGCCAAAAAACGGACGAGCAAAGCAUUUCCUUGAAAGCCUUCAAGUCUUUUUAUCACUGCCACACAGAUGUGGAACCCCCAUCGCUCUGUCAUCAAAUAAUCUGGACUCUAAAAAAAAAACCCCAACCAGUGUAUUGCAAAGAUUUUUCGAGCCAUGUCUGAUCAUAAGGACAUGACGCAUCGCCACUUGAGGCACAAGCUGCAGAGUCUCAGCCGCAGACUGGAUGAACUGGAAGAAGCAACCAACAAGCUGCAGAAGUCAGAGGAUGAAUUGCUUGACCUGCAGGACAAAAUCAUCCAAGCAGAGGGCAGCAACUCUUCACUACUUGGGGAUGUGGAGGGCUUGAGGAAACGUCUCCUGAAGAUCCAGGGCAAAGAUGAGGAAGUACGCAAAGCCGAAGACCUUUGUCGCACAGUUCGAGAAAAACUGGAAGAGGAAGAGAGCCUCACCAAGGAGCUGAAGGCAGAGAUUGAGCGUCUUCAGCGGAGGAUGGCCGAGCUAGAGAAACUGGAAGAAGCUUUUGCUAAGAGCAAGUCUGACUGCAGCCAACUCUGCCUUAGCCUCAAUGAGGAAAAGAACUUGACUAAGAAGCUCUCGUCUGAAUUGGAAACACUCAAAACCCGUUUAAAGGAGGUAGAGGGGUCUGAGAUCAAGUUGGAGAAAGCAGAGCAGGCUUUGGCAGCAGAGCUCGACAAAAUCAAAGGAUUCACUCAGGCCUUUGUGGCCGAGCGUAAAAAACUGUUGGAGAAACAGAAAGAGGAUGAAAUCAUCAUUCUGAAGCUGACAGAAAAACUGGACCAGCAGAAGAACCGCCUCGGUGUGGCUACAGAUGCCAGUCGUGCAGAUUUCAUGAGGUCAAGAAUUGAGGAUGAGCUGUCAUCCACAGGGCUCUUCCCCAACAAACUGGCCGGAUGUAAAAAGAGCCUCGACUACUUUAAGCUAGCAGACGAGAACAGUGGUAUUGUGAACAAGUUAGAGAAUGAAAAGAAUAGCAGUGUGGAAGGUUCAAAAGAGGAGGACAACAAGGUGAAGGAGCUGACGCUGGAGGUGGAGAGGCUUAAGAACCGCCUUAAACAGUUGGAAAUUGUUGAAGAGGAUUUGAAGAACUCCGAGUCCAUAAAUGGUGAACUCCAUGAAAAGUUCCAAACAGAACAAAACCGAGCUCGGCAAUUGAACGAGCAGUUGGAACAACUGAGGGCGCAGCUCUCAGGGAAAGAUGGAAAGGGAGGAAAUGGAGUAAGUAGUUUGGAUAAAAAUAGCAGUGAAAAAUCUAAAACUUGCCCCCACAGCCCUGCCAAGGUUCUGGAGAACGGCAAAGCUGAGAAUGAGGAGAUCAUUGUAAAAGGAGGCUUCAGACAUGAGAAGCCAAAGUUUAGAAGCGCAGCAGCUGGUUCAGAACCAAGUUCCCCCAGCCGCAAGAACAGGGAGCUCUCUCCUCAGCACAGAAGAGAAACCAAACUAAGAAGCAAAGAGCUCAGCUACUCUGACGGGGGUUCUCCAAAGUCUGCAAGGAGAGCUCUUAGUCCUGCACACAAGUUCCGAAGGACGCCUAAAACCCAAGCUGCUUUGAUUUCCUCCAAUAAUGGACUGAGGGACACAUCAAGGGUUCCCGAGGAAAAGACCAGAGGCACCACAUACAACUCCGUAAAUACAGCUUCUACUGAAAUGAAGAAAGUGUCUGUUCUUAGCCGUUACCCCCCAGCAGCAAACGACCAGAAGCCACUGAGGACCGCCCUUAAACAGCCUGAUGGGCAGAUUAAAAAGAGCAAAGGAAAGUUUUCAAGCUUGAGUGUAGGUAGCGACAGCGAAUCAAAUAACUCUGAUGUGCCGCCGGAAACAUCCAGUAUCAUAAACAGUGAUGCUGUGUUUGAGAAAGAAUUGGCUUCUGCUUCUGAUCACGAGUCUGUUGACCAGGUUCAAGAAACGGUCUCUGGAUCUAUUGGUUCAGCCAAAACAAAUGGAUCAUACAUAGCCUACAGAUCUCACCUCACUCCACUGCUGCCCAACGACCAGGGCUCAGAGGGUCAUUCUUCUGCUUCUGAAACUGAAUCCACAAGUUCAAGGCCUUCAGAACCAGAACCAAUCUCUGAUGUUGCUCCAACUGUAGGCAGUAGGAAUGCAGCCUCCAAAUAUACCAAAUACCCCCAUGUUCAUGACUCGCAUUCCGAGGGAUCUUCCUCUCGGAGUUCGUUUGAUGAGGAGAUGCACAGGACUCAGUAUGCUGAUGGGGGGCAUCAGGGACCCACGCAUACCCCCUCUGUGAUUGAGAUCCAGAGGGUGUACAGCCCAAGAGAAGCUCUCAGGUCAAAGGCCGUCAUCAAGCCCGCCAUCACUGAGAUUGACAGGAAGGAAAUUAUGAUUUCUGAACCUUUAUCUACAAACAGCAAACCCAGGAUCUCCACCAAGCCAGUUGUGAUGAGCACAUCCAGUAAAAUGACCAGCAGUAUAACCUUCUACCCUAACGACCCAAGCUCCUCCAGAACCAGCAGUCGUAGCAGCAGUGUGUCCAGUGAACCGACGGCCCUCAAGGAGCGCCAUACGUCUACCAGCAACAUCCUCAUAGGUCCCAGCCUUGACCACCAUGGCAGUAUUUCCAUCCCAUAUGAGAUCUCCAUACCCAAAAGUGAGAUCACCAUGCGGUCUUUCCAGGACCAGGACUGUGGGAGCUUCAACCACGGUGAUAACUCAUCAAGGUCCAAAUUCUACAAAGCCUCCAUGGUGGAGGCCUCUUCCUCCUCCUCUUCCAGCAGCCUGCGCGGCAGUCUUGGCGCUCAGCCCAUAGACAACACGUCUGCAGACGUCAAUGAUUCAGAAUCCGGUUUUGAGAGCAGCAGCAGCACGACUACAGUCACCAGCUGGAGAAGCCAAAGACAAAGCCAGUACUCUCCAGAAGACGGCAUACCAGACACAAAGAAUGUGACUGUGAGAAGCACCUGGAGAAACAAGGGUGCCACGCCAGGAAACGAGGCAAAAGCCAAAAGAGGAAUGUUGGAUGACUGGUCUGAAGAUGAAGCAGAGGCUUCAACGACAUGGAGGGCAUACCGUGCAACGACAUUUGAUGUAGACGAAUCCGUAAGCAGCGGAGCAGCAGCUGGUUUGACAGCACAGAAGGUAACCAAGCCAUCACCUGCAGAGGUGUACAUGCGCAGAAUCAACAGUGCUGCUACAAACACUAAGGAAGCAGAGGAACCGGCUCUUCGGCGAACCAGGAGCUCACAGUCUCCCACUCUGGAAACUGGAGGCUUGGGAAGGACGGUACCCCACGCACCUGUGACGUCUCAGUCCUGGAGUCGGUCAUACUCCCAACAAACACCGAGCACAUCCAACCCGGACCCCAGUCCCAACCCGAGCCACAGCCCGGCCUCAUGGAGACGCCUGCUACCCAGCAGCGACUCGCAGCUCCCAGGGGCUUCAAACGACCGGCCGCUCAAGGCUGCAGGAGCCUCCCCCAGAGGAGGAGGGGAGGCGUGGUCCGGCCGAUGGCAAGGGUCAGGACCCAGAACCGAGGGGAGGAUGGGAGCGGGAAGCAGACAGUGGAACCACCGUCAGUCUGAGCAUCACUAGAGGAGGCUCUAAAAAGGUCGUCACGGCCCACGGAGGACCAAACCCCCGUCUGCCAUCCACCGCCGUCCUCGUGUAACACCACCUUCUCCACAUUUCUCAGCCAGGCCGGAGAAGAAGAAGAAGCAGCAGCUGCAGCCCACAGAAACCCACAGACUGACUCUCUGUGCUCGCCGUAACCCUGGAAAGCCUGCGCGUCCUCUUCUGCUUCCUGAGCUGGAUGUAUUUUUAUGUAACCUCAACUUGACAAGGGAGAGGCUGGCAUGCCGGGGAACACUGGAGAUUUUCCUGCCUGCCAGAGAAGAUAUUCAAAUGGAUUUUCAGGAAGAACGACUUUAGUGCAAGAGCCUUUUUCCUGAGAACUAUUACAGAAACCUCAGUGGAGCUGAAAGCUUCACUUUUGGCCAGAUUUUCAUCCUCUCUCAGUUUUCUCUUCAGAGUUCUGACAGGGCAUCUCGGAGGCCUGGAUCGUCACCACAAACCAGGAGAUCUUUACUUUAACUGUGACCAAAAACAGGAAGCAAAUUACCCUCAUUGUCUUUCUUUAUUAUCCUUCAUGUUUUCGGUUCUUAUCUCGCGUGUUUGUCCUUGAAUCGGCGUGCAGAUGAACUCGCUUUCUCUGGCUGGUUUGUCAGGACUUCCCUUUAGCAUGUUUUUAGUCAAUAAAAAAAAGCACUUGAAUGCUUUGGACUCGGCAUGUAAUCUGCCGGGGUCUGCAGCAUUUUCAGGACACGGUAUUUCCGAUAAACUGGGACCUUAUUUGUGGGGGGGUUUUCCCCUCCUUUUUUCUGUAAUUUGCUUCCUGUUCUGCAUCAUUCGUUUCCGUUCGUCUCAAACCAUUUGAGGCAAAAAGAAUGCAGAAUUUGCGCAGUGAACGCGCAGAAAAAAAAAAGAAAAGACGGUGGAAGGGUCUACGUCAACCCAAACCAGGAUGUCGUUCCCGCGGUGCGUCGUUCCUGAGGUCGUGACGGCAACAUGGAGGCAAACGGAGUAUUAGGAGUCAUCAGCCUGCCAUCACAUUCACACACCUCUAGCACAGAAAGCUGGUGCGAGACUGGAUUCGCAGUGCGAAUCGUCCCAGAUCUUUUUUUUUUUUUCCUUUUUCUUUUGACUUUAUAGAAAAACGAGCGUCCACUGGGUUCUGUCGUUGUUGCAGCAGCAGCCACUGUUAGAAAUAGCCUUUUUUAUUGAGUGAAAAAAAUCCACAUUUGUGUUGGAAACAUGCGUCGGAACCUUCUUUGACAAGCUUCCUGCAGGGUUUUAGGAUGGGUAUUAGAUGGCCUCCUCUGAAGACAGUAACCCCAGAGGGACAUUUCUGAAGAAGACAGGAUUUUCAAGUGUGGGCGGGAUCGGUGGAAAUGUGGGAUUUCCAAAGCCACCCCCUAAAAUCAGACGUGCAACAGAGUUCAGAGCUCCUACUGUUACCAUGCAAGCAACAGAAAUGCAGAAGAAUGCACACCUCCACCUCUAAAUGCUUCAAUGUUUACCUUUUGCUGCAAAGAUCCACAUUAUGUUCAUGGGUGCCUUAAAUCCGGCAAGAGAUUGUCUAAAAAAGCAAUUUUGGUUUCUUUUAUGUGUUUUUUUUUUCACUGUCGUGGUGGGAACAUUGAAAGCAAGUAUUUUUGUACGUUGAGGGAACUUCUUUAAACCGUGAGGAGGCUCUGCUGACUUCAUGACAGGAAAGAGCAGACAUGCAAAGGCUCCCAUAAGUCCAACCGCGUUAUCUGUGCUUUUGUUUUUCUUGAAUUCUUAUCUCCCAGAAGUAAAGUCUGGUCCUCUAACUCCAGCGGUGGAUGCCGCCGGCUUAAAGAAACGUUUUAUUUAAGGCCAGAGGCCCGUCACCGGAGCCUGACGUACAGCUCCCCGGGUAGCUGAAAGGUCAGAGGUCAGGCAGCGUCUAAUCCUGUCUCCGCAGCUCGACUCGGAGCUUCUAAAUACGGCUGAUGGGACGACGGACAGCUUGGCAGGGCAUCCCGCUUUGUGGUUAAUUAAAACACACUUCUCUGUGAUCGGAUUGCCAGUGAAGCACGCGGCGUUUGGGGUGUUCGUGGCUCCGAGCUGGCCUCCCCUGCUCUCUUGUAUCACCUGCUUCCUUCCAUCCAAACGGCUCCUUUACCUCCCCUUGAACCGUCCCGCGUGCUCCCACUACUAAAGGAGCGAUUUAAAACGGGGGUGCCAGGAAGAGUCAACCUGUCGGAAACUGUAGGUUUUAUGGCUCAAGGGAGGGUUUCUCCUCCUCCAUUUGGGAGUUUUUUUUUUUUUUCUUUACCAAAAGGGCAAAGGUGAAACUCCAUCCUCGGCUCUGCUUGGAUCCCCUCCUCCUUACAAGACCCACAUGUACACGAACACUUCCGCCGUCCAGCGACCAGCUGCACCUUCAAUCCACGCGUUGGAACGACAGCAGGCCAGCCUCGAUGCUGUCAGCUGGAUGUGGGAGUUUGGUUUCCGCGCCUCUGUAGGGUUGAGGUUGGACGGUUGGGAACGGCGUCGCUCUCCCUCCUAUUUGUCUUCUUCUAUGAGGAAGACUAGAAGGUCUUUGGUGCAGACUGGAUCAGCGAGAACUCAGGAAGCGAGCAGACUUUUUGUCACCGAUUGGCGGCGUCUGUCAUCUGCACUUAACCAGCACUUAAUUCUAAGAAUUGAAUUGAAUUUCCCUGACCCAUCCCCCCUCCCAGCCCCUGAAAUGUACAGAUUUUUUAAAUAGCUUUGUGCUGAAUGUAUUAAAAUUGGAGUAUUUAAAAAAAACAAAAAAACAUUUCAAGGAAUUAUGUUUUAACAGAAACGUUGAGGUCUCCCUUCUAUUGUUGCGCCAAAUCAUUCCACACUGUGCUCUAAUGCCCCCCCCCCCCCCCCCACUGUAGUUACCCUCUGUUAUAUUAAAGGAGGAAAUCUUACAUUUUCAGACCUUUUUUCCCCACUCAUGUAUGUUUUUAUUUCUUUAUUAAACAAAAGAUCUUAUUUUGAAAUCUAUAUUGGAUAGAUUUUAUUUAAAGAAACUUGUAAUUUUGUAAAAUGGGCCUUUGUUAUUGAUGUAUAUUAAAUAUUUGUCCAUCAGGUUUUUAAAAACAAAAUCUUUUUGCUCCUUUUUUUUUUGACAAAGUUGUGUAUGGUGGUCUGUUUCUACACUCCUGGAGAGUCUUUUUUUUUCCCUUUUUCUUUUUUUUCUGCAUUCUGUAUUUGAGAUUUUACACAAACCUGCACAUGAUGAUGCAUCGGAGGGAAAGCGGGUGACCAUCCCUCAUUGAAUUGAAUUCUGGAGCUGAAGAGGGACGCUCUGUUGUUAUGCCAUUGUAAGUUUCAGGGCUCCAACAACCAGAGCUCUCCUUUUACCUGUAUUUAAAACUCAGACUUGACAGGUGUUCAAAGUUCUCCCUGUCUCCUCAGCGUCGAAGUCAUCAUUUCAAACACAAAAGCGUAGAUUUCACGGUUGAAUCUCAUAUCGGAGAAGUCGGACUGCAGGAUUGGAGUUUUCCUUUCAAUGUUAGGCUUGUGCAUGUUUUAACGUUACUGUGGCAAUCUGCAUGUAGGUCUCCUGAUGCUGCCAACUGUACAGUAAACCCAUAUGUAUUCCAAUAAAAAUAAAAAAAGCUAAUUAUCUGUAA